CUCUAUCCUAUAGCAGAUGACGCAACCACCCGCAAGCAAAGAACGGAGAACAAGCAUGGAAACUCCACGCAAAGAAAGAGUCCACUCCACGACCAAUUCUCUCCCUCUCUCUCCAAUCUUUCUCUUUUUUGUUUUUCUUUCUUCUACAUAAAUUCUCAGAGAGAGAGAGAGAGAGAGGAGAGGAGGUGUGUCUGUUCAAACAACCAAACCCACCUCACACCUCACAGAAUACUCCUAUAUACAUACACAGCCAUAAAAGCGUAUUUAGUUGCCACAAAUGCCCUUCUGCAACCUCCCAAAAAAUCCCCAUCUUCAUCACUUCACUGUCUCAAAAGAAGCCAUGUUUCGCCCCCGACUUACGUGGGCUUUUUGGGCUUUGUCUUGGUCAGCCUUUCACAGAGGAAACAGGGAAACCAAACCAGAACCUUCUCUCUAUCUUCUUCCUUUUCUUUUCCUCUCUCUCUCUCUACCCUUUUCUUCCCAAACCCUUCUUUCAUAUCUAUCUGUCUAUCUAUAUCCCCUUUCUCUUUUCAAGUUUAUUUUUCUCUCUUGGCUAGUGGUUCUCUGAGUUUUGUUUGAUCCGAUGUCUAAGAAGAUGAAAGGGGUUCUUUUGGAUCCAUCCUCUAGUUCUGGAUUUGAUGAUGCCAAGGCCAGAUUCAAGCAUCGGGCCCUGCUUCAGGACUACCAAGAUCUAAAGAAGGAAGCUGAAGCCAUCCAAAACAAGUUAAAGACAACGAAACAGAGGAAACUAACCCUGUUGGCUGAAGUUAGGUUUCUGAGGCAGCGAUACAAAUACAUGAUGAGAAUCAACACCGUGAAACCCCCGCAGGGACGAGAACCGACUCAACCUCGAAAGGUUGAAGCUCAGCGCAAAAAAAUGAAGAAACCGAAAACUCACAGUCGAAAGGAAGCCAACCUGGGUAACCUAGCCACAUUUUUUGAUUUAAACCAGAGCGAUAGAGUUUCUAAUGCCAAGGAGUCCAGUCCUAUUCUUGAUCUGAACCACAAGGAGAGGAUAAAUAGUGGAAAAGAUGCUACUUUUAGGAGCAAAACUCCAGUUUUCGAUUUAAACCAGCAGGAAAGAUCAUAUGCCAGAAUGGAGGCGGCCUUUCAGAAACCAACCUUAAUUCUUGACUGGAAACAGAAGGAGAGGGUGUAUGGUGGAAAAGAAACUGCUCCCGGAAUCCCAGACCCGGCGAUAGAAAGGACUUCAACCGGGAGGGAGGAGGCGGUGACAAACCGAGCUCCUAUUUUCGACUUGAACCAGAUCUCGGAAGAGGAGGCCGAGUUACGGGAUAGUUAUGAACCGAGCAGGUUCGAGGAGCUGAAGAAACUUGGGACCGACGAGCAGCACAACGAUUUGAAACUGUCAGUAUGUAGGAGCGUCGGGAGCGGGCCAAGUAGGGCCGGAAAGCGGAAGAUAACAUGGCAAGACCAGGUUGCCUUGAAGGUUUAGAGGUAAUUGUUCUUGAUAAUAGGGGUGGGAGGGUAUUCAGGAUGCAGUGAUCCUGCGUUUAGUGAAAGUUUAUAUUCUUUCUCAUGCGUGAUAUAUUCUUUUUCAUCUCUUGCAAAAAAGGGUAACUUAAUAUAUACGGGGUUCUAUGAGUGUGAUCUGUUGAAUAUAGAAAUGUUGCCUUGGGAUCCAUUUUCUUGUAUUCUGUGCAACUAAGUAGACAGACGAUGGAUGCAAGGAAGUUUGGAAUGUAGCAAAUCAUGCAUGAUAUUGGAAUUGUUUUGUUUUGUUCCUAUUA